UGCCAAUGGCAGCGUGUUUCCGUUUUGCUGGUUGAUCUGCCUUUUUGACAGCGUCACUCGACCAAGUUGUUAUUGUGUGACUUAAAACAUUCAAUAUGGUUGCCGUAAAGAAACAGAAAAAGGCCUUAGAGAGCACCAAUGCGCGUCUGGCGCUGGUUAUGAAAUCCGGCAAGUACUGCCUGGGUUACAAGCAAACGCUGAAGACCCUGCGUCAGGGCAAGGCUAAACUGGUGCUCAUCGCCAGCAACACGCCCGCAUUGAGGAAGUCGGAGAUUGAAUACUACGCCAUGUUGGCCAAAACUGAAGUCCAGCACUACAGUGGAACCAACAUUGAGCUGGGCACCGCUUGCGGUAAAUACUUCCGUGUGUGCACCAUGUCCAUUACCGAUCCUGGAGAUUCGGACAUCAUCCGCUCAUUGCCCGACAAUUAAAAGAGGAGUGUUUUAUUCUUUAAAGCCAA